AUGAUUAUCGCGUUCAUCGAAAAGGAUCACAGGGAGUGGGAUGAACACAUCGCGGAUUUCCGGUUCGCAUACAAUACCGCCUGUCAUUCCUCUUUGGGAGCAUCUCCCGCUUUUCUGAACCUUGGGCGUGAAUUAGAGCCCGCACAUUCAGUGAAACGCCGGCAAGGGGUUACCGAAAUCGAGCAGGGGGAUACCGCUAAUUGGGCGACUCGCAUGAAGAACAUGCAAACCCUACGGGAAUGGGUUAUUGAGAACUUAGAUAGAGCAUACGAGAGACAAGCUUCCCGUUACAACUUGCGUAGGCGGGGUCGCACAUUCAAGAUAGGAGACCUGGUAUUACGACGCCAACACAUUUUAUCGUCAGCGGCACAGAAUAUAGCCGCAAAGUUAGCACACAAGUUCCAGGAUCCGUUUAAGAUAGUGCGGGUGAUCUCUCCGGUGGUCUACGAGUUGGGAUCGCUGGGCGGGUCAUCCGCAGGUAAGAGCCACAUACAGAACCUGAAGCCUUAUAACAUUUCUGAUACCGUUUAG